CAUGAUAUACAAAUUAAAUGAUUUUAAUUACAGGGCAUAAGAAGUGCCUACAUGUGUUUGCAAGUACUUAUCUUUGAAUUAUGCAAUCUGUUCUUAUCUUCAUUUUAUCAGGAUUUACUGCCUAUUUCAUGGCCUUUGUGUAUGUCUGCAUUUGUUUCAAGUUGUCCCUGGCUUAUUGGCGAAUGUUGCCAUCUGAUCAUCCUGCUCUAUGUCAGAAUGUGACUGUUUGGGUGAUUUGGUUUAUGGAUUUUCUUUUAUCAGUGGCACUUUUUGAGCCUUUCUUUGAUAUUUUAUCUGAACUUCAAACUAACAGUCCAAUGGCAUGAUUUGGAGCAGGUUAUUGACUAUUUUAACAAGGCACUACAAGGCUUGGGUAUAGAUCUGUCACAAGUCGGUAUCUCUGUGUAGAUUGAUCUUGGGAAACAGGCAAUUACAUGACCGUCCACUGCUAAGCAUUUUGCUGCAGUCAUAAUGCGGAUAAGGGAGCUGAAAACAACAGCUUUAAUAUUUGUGUCCGGUAAAAUGGGAAUUCCAGCUAGUGUCCAGAAUUUUUCCCGUGACAAGGAUGCACAGGCUCAGCCUGUUGCUUGGCGAAGUUUUUUCCAGUGCUCCACGGUGCAACUGCACUGGAACUAUGGUGCAACAGGACUUCUGACAGUGGCACAAUCGAAUGUUGAUAAAACCAACCAGAGUUACUGUGGUGAAUCGAAGCUGAAUUACUUGACAAUUGAUGGGAGCCAUGAAGGACUUGUGCCUCUACGAUGGCGAUUUAAGAGUUUUCAAGUGGCUAGUAUGGUAGUCCUUCUUGAUCAGCCUGAUGCCCAUGCCUCUGUGAAAGAUUUGGAUUUCAGUUCUGAUGGAAAAUUUGUAGCAUCCUUGGGAAGUAGUGGUCCUUGUCGGGUUUGGGACCUAACGCCAUUGAUGGUUGUAGCCAAUUUACCAGGAGAAAAUGUUGAGGUUUUCGGGUUCUGCCGUUUUUCUCAUAAUAGUGAUGACAAUCAAACCCUAUAUUUGACUGCAAUGCAAGGCCAGCAUGGAAUCAUUGUCUCUUGGAACACUAUAAAAGAUUAUGGGCAGGCGAUUGGGACCAAGGCUUCUUGGUAGGGCUGAUGAUUCUAUGGUAAAUAUCUGCUUCUUAUUUGCAUUUGAAAUUUUGACAUAAACGAUAUAAGCUAUUGUAAGUAGAUAGUUUCUUGUUUUUUGGUGGAAUAUGUGCAUAUAUGGAUAAAAUAAGGAAAUGACUCAAACAACGAAUGAUGCCUAGCGAUUUUAUUUUAUUUUUUGCAUAAACCAGCAAGGUUGAAUGCUGUAUUUUAUAAAUGCAAUUGGAAGUAUGAUGGCUCUUUCAGAAAAAAACUGUUUCAAGUGGAUUUUGGACAGAAGAUUUAAAACAGAAAAAUCCAAGUACAUGAUCACUCUAUAGAUUUUGUAACAGGAUCCUCUU